GAGUGUACUAAGCAUUGGAGAAACAGGUGAACGAAGCCGGGACAAGUCCUUCCGUGUGUAUCGACCUCUAAUCCUUGCCCUGGUCCGGCGGGCGGGUCGUCUAUUCCUAACGUGUGUAUUUCUGGAGACCCCAAGACGUGAAGGGCUGCAGGGACUAUGCUCUCCCAGAGUCUCUUCGGAGUGCGGAUCCCUUGGCUUAGGCCACGUUCCCCGUUCCUCUAAACCCUUUCCGCAACCAUGUAAGGAGAGGCAGCUGUUGGGGGCGUUCCCAGGAUCUAAAGAUAGCGGCCCCUGCCUCGGAUUCCAAACGCCUCGGGGCAGCGGGAGCUGCCAUGGCACGGUUCAUCUUCACCGCACACCCCAGUCUCGUCCCUCCCCUUCCACCCCCUUCUGUCUUAUUUAGCUCCGCUUUGACCGUGCUACAGCAUAAAACGUCCCUGUAUUUUCCUCGACCUUUCCCAAAUGCCCUCAGUCUUCCCUCUCGCACCCCUAUGAAGACCCACCUCAACUCCUCUUCAGGCAGCAUGCUCGGACCCUGUGGUACGACAGGCCCAAGUAUGUGUUCAUGGAGUUUUGUGUUGAGGACAGCACCGAUGUCCACGUGCUCAUCGAAGACCACCGCAUUGUGUUCAGCUGCAAGAAUGCCGAUGGAGUGGAGUUUUAUAAUGAGAUUGAGUUCUAUGCCAAGGUGAACUGCAAGGACUCCCAGGAUAAGUGCUCUGGCCGCUCCAUUACUUGCUUUGUGAGGAAAUGGAAGGAGAAGGUGGCCUGGCCCCGACUCACUAAGGAGGAUAUCAAGCCAGUGUGGUUGUGUGUGGAUUUUGAUAACUGGAGAGACUGGGAAGGGGAUGAAGAAGUGGAGCUGGCUCAGGUGGACCAUUACGCAGAGCUUUUGGAGAAGGUCAGCACCAAGAGACCUCCCCCUGCAAUGGAUGACCUGGAUGAUGAUUCUGACAGUGCGGACGCAACAAGUAAUUAACUUUCUGUGACAGCAGAGCUGGGGAGGAAGCUGUGGCUAUCUUCCAGUCACUCUAACAAGCUAGGGCCUGGGUCUUUCUCAGCUCUUUGGCUGUGCGCCAGGGUCCUCUGGGAUCUCCGAACUUUCCUAGAAGCUCUUUAUUAAGGGUCCUCCUUCAUGCUUUAUUUCUAUUUCCUAGGCACUUGACUAUGGCUGCUGCGUCAGAUGACAGGAUAGGAGAGGAGUAGACAGGUGGGGCUUCUGACUUCCUACCAGUUGGCUGUAAUCUUUGUGUUUGGGCCACUCAUCAGGGCUUUCUGGAGUAUUUGAGCCUCUGUGUGUGUGUAUGUGUAAGAGCAAAAGCCAUAGAAGCAGCAUAUAGAUUAUAAUAAAUCUGUAGGAACU